CAGACAUGGGCGGCUCGCAGGGGCGUGGUUUCGACUUUCAGAUGCUUGACGCGGGAGCCUCAUCGGGGCACAUUUACCAUGAAAUACCGUGCGAAGACGUUUGAUGCAAUUUUGGCCCACCAUUCUGGCAGCAAAACAGGGAAACAACGAUAUAGUAGAACUGCUGUUGGAUAAGGGAUGGAUCCCGAUCCAGCUGGAUGGACUUUUCCAGCCGAGGUCUAAGAAUAGAGAGACGAACAUGGCAACAUGUAUACACAGCGAACCUGAUAUUCUGGGUACUUACUUGCGGCCAGGAAUCCGUUAUACGAACCCUGAUUACACACGUAAUGAGAAAGAAGCCUAUACAACUGAAAACCUUAGUGAGGACCAGGCAAUUGCGAAGUUCUACACAGAACAUCUACCGGCCAUUGUCAAUAAAACGAUCCAAGUUUAUCAUAAUUUCUCUGACUAUUUUCAGAGUGCACUCAAUGAACAGCUCACGGUGGUAACCUAUUAGCGGUCCAAGUCUUGCUCCGUGCUGGCGCGAGCCCAAACUUGACCGACGAAGAAGGAUACUUCUUAUUGGAUCAUGCCAUAAUACUUCGAGAUAAUUAUAUUGAAGUUAUUUGCCUUUUAAUUGAUCACGAAGCUUCUCCUUUUGAACGAUUUGGCGGAUUGCAACCACUGUAUGGCAUUUAUGGGGAGGCAGGUCAAAAGAAAUAUGAAGU